GUAUUUUCAAUUCUUGCGUACGCGAGCUGGUUUCUCCAAAAUUACCUACCCCACCUUUAAAGGUCCGUUUUUGUUAUAGCAUUAAAAGAAAGAAACACAUUUGUCCCUCUUUGUCAGUAAACAGACAGAAUGGAGGACUAGGUUUGAAUAUCCCGCCCCGCCCUGCCUUGCGACUCUCCCGAGCUCCAGGAGGCGGAGGCUCACAUUAACGCUCUCCGGUCCGGCGCGGAAGGUUGUGUAUCCGCGAGCUCCAGUGACAAGAUUUAGGAGGAACAACAUUUAAAAGCAACUUUGGUAUAAACUACUAAGCUUUAUCUUGCAACUAGUAGCCGAAAGAGGACAACCGUGUCCCCGAAUCCAGCGUUUUAUCCAGCUUUUCCUUUCUUUCACGGAGAUGUAUCGCUGCUUGGAGAACUACUAGCGAGCAUCGCUGCAUACCGAAGCCAGGAUGAGUGGCAGCUUCUCGGUGUCCGGCUCGGCGCCCUGCCGCUUCGCACACUACUUUGUUGUUUGUGGGAUAGACACAGAAACUGGGCUGGAACCGGACGAACUAGCAGCUUUGUACCAAUGGCUCGAAGCAGACCGCCAGGGCAGGGAUCCAGACGCUGCAGCCACAGGUGAGAACUUUGAGCAGAGUCCUCUGAAGAGAACCUUCAAGUCCAAAGUGUUGGCGCGCUACCCGGAGAACCUGGAGUGGAACCCCUUCGAUCAGGAUGCUGUCAACAUGCUGUGUAUGCCUAAAGGCCUCUCGUUCAGGACGCAGGCGGACCAGCGGACGCCUCAGUUCCACUCCUUCAUCAUCACGAGGGAGGACGGCUCUCGGACCUACGGCUUCGUCCACACCUUCUACGAGGAGGUGACCAGCCCACAGAUCUGCUCCGCCAUGCAGACCCUCACCCAAAUGCACAAUGCAGAGAGCACCUCCGCCAACACCCCUUCCUCCUCCUCCUCCUCCUCCUCCAGCAUGGACUCCCUGGCCAGCAGUUUGGACGAGGCCGACUCCCCCACGUCUUCAUCGUCUCGCAGGGCGGGGAGCUACGACUCAUCGCGGGACACCCUGUACGUCUCCAAGGCCCUGUGUCUGAUCACGCCCAUGCCCUUCAUGCACGCCUGCCGCCGCUUCCUGUCCCAGAUGCACAGGGCCGUCACGGCCGCCACUGCCCCCCCGCUGCCGCUGGAGAGCUACGUCCACAACAUCCUGUACGAGGUGCCGCUGCCCGCCCCGGGACGCUCGCUCAAGUUCCACGGCGUGUACGAGCCCAUCGUGUGUCAGAGGCCGGGGCUCGGGGAGCUGCAGCUGGCAGACUUCCCUCUGGCCGAGGCCUUCAGUCUGCUGGGAGUAGAGAACCUGGUCCAGGUGUUCACCUGCACGCUGCUGGAGAUGCAGAUCCUGCUCUACUCACACGACUACCAGCGGUUGAUGACGGUGGCAGAGGGCAUCACCACCCUGCUGUUUCCCUUCCAGUGGCAGCACGUCUAUGUUCCCAUCCUGCCGGCCUCUCUCCUCCACUUCCUGGAUGCUCCUGUUCCCUACCUGAUGGGCCUGCAGUCCAAAGAGGGCACAGACCGCUCCACACUGGAGCUUCCUCAGGAGGCCAACCUGUGUUUUGUGGACAUUGACAACCACUACAUCGAACUUCCAGAGGACUUUCCCAAUUUCCCCAAUAAGACUGAGCUCAUCCAGGAGCUAAGUGAGGUGCUGCUUAGCUAUGGCAUUUCCGCUAACACAGGAGCUCCUCCUCGGACUCGCCCCGGCAGCGCUCCAGGCAGCACCCCCUCCACCCCUGGAAGGGAGCGCAAGACGGUCGCUCUCCGGCAGCUGGAGGACGACGGGCGUAACGGCAACCUGGCAGGGGAGGAGCUGGCUGUGCUGGAGCUACUGCAGGGGAAUGCCACCCUGGAGAGACUGCAGGCGCUCACCAAGCGCACCGGGGUGACGGUGGCCCGCGUGGACGCCCUGAGGGCCGGGGUCAAAGCUCAGCUGACUGAGGGACAGGGGGGCCGGACAGCAGCCGACGAGGAGGAGCUCAGGAAUGCCAAGCUCAACGUCCAGCUGAGGGAGGUGUGCGCCAGCCGCUUCACAACCAUGUUUGCCGACUACGAAGCCUUCGUCAUCCAGAGCGCCCCGGACCUGGAGUCGUGGCUCACCAACAGGGAGCAGAUGCACAACUUUGACAAGGCCUCGUUCCUCUCCGACCAGCCGGAGCCCUACCUGCCCUUCCUCUCCCACUUCAUCGAGACGCAGAUGUUUGCGACCUUCAUCGACAACAAGAUCAUGUCCCAGUGGGAGGACAAGGAGCCGCUGCUGCGUGUCUUUGACGCUCGCAUCGACAAGGCCCGCCUCUUCAACGUCCGCGCUCCCAGCCUGCGCUCCUCCAGCUACCAGAGGUGCACCAUCCUCAAGGAGUCUGCUCAGACCGUUGAGCAGCGGCUGAUGAAGAUCGACCACACCGCCAUCCACCCUCACCUGCUGGACAUGAAGAUCGGUCAGGGCAAAUACGAGCAGGGAUUCUUCCCCAAACUGCAGGCCGACGUGCUCAACACGGGGCCGACCAAUAACAAGUGGUCUCACAGGACAGCGACAGCUCAGCGAAGGAAAGAGCGUCACAGACAUCAGACCGAGCACCUGGGCCUGGAAAACGACCUGAAAGAGAAAUUCAUGCAGGAGGCCCGCAGCUUGGGGAAGAACCUCCGACAGCCCAAACUGUCCGACCUGUCGCCCGCCGUCAUCGCCCAGACCAACUGGAAGUUUGUGGAGGGGCUGCUCAAGGAGUGCCGCAUGAAGACCAAGCGGAUGCUGGUGGAGAAGAUGGGCCGAGAGGCGGUGGAGCUGGGCCACGGGGAGGCCACCAUCACGGGGCUGGAGGAGAACACUCUGAUCGCCAGCCUGUGUGACCUGCUGGAGAGGAUCUGGAGCCACGGGCUGCAGGUCAAACAGGGGAAGUCGGCCCUGUGGUCCCACAUGCUGCACUACCAUGCCCGAGAGGAGAAGCUGGAGCAGCAGCAGGCGGAGUCACCAGUGUCACAUGUUCCUGAGAGGAGGAAGUCUGACUGUUCCAUGGCGAUGCCAUCUCUACGCGUGUCUCUCAUACAGGAUAUGAGGCAUAUCCAGAGCAUGUCCGAGAUAAAGACAGAUGUGGGCCGGGCGAGAGCCUGGAUCCGUCUCUCCCUGGAGAAGAAGCUGCUCUCACAACACCUCAAACAGCUGCUGUGCCGACAAGCCUUAACCAAGAAGCUGUACAAGCGUUACGCCUUCCUGCGCUGUGAGGAGGAGAAGGAGCAGUUCCUCUUCCACCUGCUCUCCCUCAACACCGUCGACUACUUCUGCUUCACCAGCGUCUUCACCACCAUCAUGAUCCCGUAUCGAGUCGUCAUCAUCCCCAUCAAGAAGCUCAGCAACGCCAUGACGACCUCCAACCCCUGGGUGUGUGUGUCCGGACAGCUGGGAGACUCGGGCAUCAUGCAGAUCCCCAAGAACGUCCUGGAGAUGACCUUUGAUUCUGCUUUCAGGCCUCACACGCACAUCUCCGCCUUGUUCAAGUGUCAGAACCUGGGGAAGAUGACCACGGUGCAGCUGGGACACGACAACGCCGGCCUUCUGGCGAAAUGGCUGGUGGACUGUGUGAUGGUGCGCAACGAGAUCACAGGACACACAUACAAGUUCCCGUGUGGCCGGUGGCUCGGUAAGGGUGUGGACGACGGCAGCCUGGAGAGGGUCCUGAUCGGGGAGCCGGUGCUGCCCAGCGGAGAGGAGGAUUCUGGGAGAGGCUGCUACACACCCCCGCUGCAGCGCUCGCCAUCCCAGAUCCGACGCAUCAGUGUCACGUCGCUGUCCGGACGAGGAUACAAACCGACUUCAGCCCAGAUCCAAGAGGCCAUCGGGGAGGCCGUGAACAACAUCAUCAAACACUUCCACAAGCCGGAGAAAGAGAGAGGCAGCCUGACCGUGCUGCUGUGUGGGGAGAGCAGCCUGGUGUCCGCUCUGGAACAGUUCUUCCGUCACGGCUUCAAGUCCGCCCGGCUCUUCCAGAAGACCGUGUUUGUGUGGGACUUUGUGGAGAAAGCCAUUGCCUACAUGGAGUCAGCUGACCAGAUGGGAGACCUCCAGGAGACAGCGGAGCCCCUGGGACGGACCUGUCAAUCACUCUGUCACUACGUCAAUGCCAUCAACUCCACCCGCAGGAACAUCGGGAAGGACGGGAAGUUCCAGCUGCUGGUCUGCCUCGGAGCCAGAGACCGCCUGCUGCCCCAGUGGGUCCCCCUGCUGGUGGAGUGCCCGGUGAUCCAGAGGAUGUACGAGGACUCGGCCCUGCUCAGAGACCGGGCCACGGUCAGCUCCCACAUCGACGUCCUGGAGACGCUGCACGACUUCCCCAUCACCCUGGAGGCCUCCAUCGUCAAAGGCAUCGCCCUUUAGCCCCGGAGACCCCCUACGUUCUCCUCUAAAACUCCCCUCUCCUCCACCAGCUUCUCCCACCCUCCCACUCUUACCCUUUUGGCUCUGGGAUGAGCAGGGAAGUAGGAAGUGAGUGACGGAAAUGAAAAGUUUGGUUACCAAAGCAACAGAGAAGUAAGACUUUGGGUCAACCAUAAGCUUGGAUGCAGUAUUAUUACCCCACCAGUGCUUAAUCGUGUUUAUCUAGUGUCCAAUUAGAUACCAGAAUUGGACACUUCAGGUUCGAGAAAGUCCUUUUUAAGCAACAUAAAACUUGCUUUUAAUCCAUCAAGACCCUUACCAACCAUGUGUUAUCCCUAAACACUUUACAUUGCACUGAAAUGAACUGAUGCAGUGGCUGCUUGGAGGGAUACAGGACAUUUGUUGAGCAGAAUAUACACUGGUUGAACGUUUGCUGGUGUUUUCUUCAAAAUGUUCUUAGCAGAGUAGCAGAUGUGUCCCUGUGUGCUAGCUAUGUAGCCUAGCUUGCCCUCAGUAGAUACAACUAGAUAAACUGAUGUAUCCUGUUUCCUCGCCUGCGGCUAGUUAGCGGUAGCAUUAGCGAGCAUGCCUUUUUGAGAUGUGGAAACAAGAGACACUGAAAGGAGGAUUCUGACUCUGUGUUUCCUGACGGCUCUUCAUGCCUCUCUUUAUUUUUAUCCUCUGGACUCGUGUUGGGCAUUCUCUCAGCUUUAAACAUGCGGAUGAACACAAAAGCUGAUCUCAGUGAUGAGUCAGGAGCUAACCUGUGGCUACAUGGACAUUCCUACUCAAGUACAGGCAUCGACCUGGCUGUUUUUAAUGGUGUGUGUGUGUGUGUGUGUGUGUGUGUGUGUGUGUGUGUGUGUGUGUGUGUGUGUGUGUGUGUGUGUGUGUGUGUGUGUGUGUGUGUGUGUGUGUGUGUGUGUGUGUGUGUGUGUGUGUGUGUGUGUGUGUGUGUGGUGUGUGUGUGUGUGUGUGUGUGUGUGUGUGUGUGUACCCUGCUUUGGUUUGUAUAACAUCCAACUUGCUGUUUAAGAAGUGAUCGAUGGUGUGUGAGCCUCACACAUUCAUUUAUCAUUUUUAACAGUUUGCCAAUAUCUCCAUUUCAACAACUAAAAGGUUCAACUAAAUAAUUUAACUCAAGGUCCUCUUACUAGAUUUUUUCCCCAGCUUAUUUUGUAUUUGCUUGGUUGUCAUCGCAUGGAUUAAGUAGAGAACUUUGUAGUUAAAACAUCUGGCUAAAGCUAAUAAGGGGACAUGUGUUCAGAUUAUUUUGUCAUACUUAUAUUCCCACGGUCAAGAAUGAACUGAAUGUAGUAAUCACUGGAAUAGAGUACAAGGGGAAUCAGCCACUUAGACUUGGGUCUUCCUAUGAAACAUGUUGAGAAAACUGUCAUUUCUCACUUUACAGUAGGUGUAAUGUUAAAGCUGAUGUUUUUUUAUUAUCAACAAAUAUCAUGAAAAGACCAAAACCAAUUAAGUGUUAGCAGCUUUCUCAAUAUUUUUUAACUUUAAUUGCCGGUCUUAUUUUAAAGACAUAGAUUUUAAAUAUAUAGUUUCCUCGUUUAAAGGCGCUUUAUUUUUCUGAAACAGCUCGUCCCUGUGCACAAACUAAAACAGUGGGGACUAUUUUCAGUGGUGGAUUAAUUCCCAGUUGGUUCACAGCACAGUGUGCAUUUAAUAGGACAUUAUUUUUGUUAUUGGAUCAGGUCUUUUCAUGACAAUAUAUUUAAAAAAAACAUUAGCCUUAUCCUUUAAUUGUGUUUUACCAUAUACAAAAUGUAUUUGAUAUCAGUGCAGGGGUUUUAGAAACUAGCCACUAAAACGUUUAAUUCCCAUAUGAAUUGAAUGCAACAUGACCCCUGUUCGAUAUAAAAUGGAGGGACAGAAUCUUAUGUUUCAUUUAGGAUUUUAAUCAUUUUAAGUCCCAGCUCCUCUUCCAACCUUGAUAUUGAUUGGUAGAAACUCUAUAAACAAUUUUUCUUAAAAUGCAUUUUAUUUCCCCGUAAUUUUGCUGCAUGAGUUAUGUGCCCCUCUUACCGCCGUCUGAAUCCUUUCUGAGAAAUGGUGUAAAUAUUGUCAUUAGUGCAUGAUGACAAGUAGACUAAGCUGUAUUUAUUGUGACUCUUAUGAAUUUUAGAUGGACCAUGAGUAUUGAGAGGACAGAAACUGGAAGUCUUUGCAGCCCCAGUGUCUUUCCCUCUCUCCAGUAUUGACCCACAACAUGUUUUUGUUAAUGUCAUGAUUUCAUGUAUUUAUUCAUUUAACUUUAAUUCAUAGAAGGCUGACAGAAGCACUGGAAUUUAAGGUUGACAAAGCCUGUGGAAUAACUGGAAACUUUGAAGCUGUAAAUGUUUCCCCUUGAUGAGAUUUGAUCAUGUUUUAACCCUGUGUUCUCCUGCUGUGUACCUCUAAUGCCUCGCCUGCAGGACUACGCUCCGCUGCAAAGCACAUAACAAGCAAUAACAGAUUCCUCUGUCUGGUCCCAGAUCAGUUUGUGUACGAACUCUUUGCUACACGUGGCUACAGGGAACAUUUCUGAUGGGAUGAAUUGCUGUGGACGAUUGGGAUUCCUCCUACUGCAAACUUUUAUUAGAACGGUGAACACAUCGUGGUAUUGACCCCGAUAUAAAGGCUACCCAAAGCCAUGACAGCAGUGACUGCUCAUGGCCAGAAUGCCACCGGACAAAUAGAUGUGUCGGACUGACUUCUUUGUUCUGAUAUUUAUUAUGCCUAUUUCAAUAAAAACACACGGUGUGUUAAAGGUG